AGUUGGGAGAAGUAGUCACGUCUAUUUGCUGAUGAAAAUGAUCCAUAGAGAGGUGAAAUUUGAUGGUGAGGGAGAGAAGAAACAAUUGAAUUAUCUGAUAUCCUUGAGUGUUCUAGAGGGACUAGGACCUAAUGUAUAGUUAGAAGGAUGGGAUUUAGAUAAGAUCAUGGGUAGUUCAACUAAAAGCGACAGGCCAGGAAGGCAGAAUAUAUGGGUAUAAACGUCAGUAGGUGGUUAGAUGUGGUUUUGAGAGUCUGGAACAUUUCAUUGCUUCUGUUUCCUCAGUAAAGUAGAAAACUUUGCCUCAUACUUCUAAUAUUUGAUAUGAGCACUUUGACAUAUCUCCCAGUCAUUUAUUCACUCAACUAACACUUACAUGAUACAUACUAGGCACUGUUCUAGGUGGUAAAUAUAUAACUGAAUAAAAGUCACUGCCUUCAUGGGAGUAUAUAUUUUAGUGGAUGGAGACAAUAACCAUAUAUAUAUAUCAGCUUUGAUUAUUGGUAUGAAUGCAAAUAAAACAGUGUAAGGAGGAAGGGGGUAAUUUUUUAUUUUUGAUCAGUCACAGAAGUCCCCUCUGAGGUGACAUUUGAGCAGAGAUCUGAAUGAAAUGAGGGAGUAAACCAUGCAUAUAUCUGAGAAGAAUAUUUGCAGCCGAAAGAAUAGCCUGUGCAAAAGCCCUGAAACAAGAGUACAUUUGCCAUAUUGAAGAGCAGCAACAGGCCAGAAUGGAGCAGAGGGAAUGAGGGAAUGAGUAGAAGAUAAGGUCAGAGAGGCAGUAGGGGGCUUAGAUCAUGUAGGCCUUGCAAACCAUUGGAAAGACUUUGUUUUUCACUCUGAGUGAGAUGGGUUGCUGGGUAGUUUUUGAACAGACAAGUGAUGUGGUUUGACUUACGUUUUAAAAGGCUCAGUGUGGCUGCUCUGGGGGUUCUAAUGGGGGUAGGCAAGGGUAGAAAUAUGGAGACCACUUAAUGGGCUAUCACAGUAAUCUUAGUGACAGAUUAUGGUGACAUAGAGUGGUAGCAGUGGAGGUGAUAGAAGUUAUCAGAUUCUGGCUAUGUUUAGAUGGAAUAGCUGAAAGGAUUGGCUGGCAGAUUGGAUGCAGGGUGAGAGAAAGAAAGAAAGGAAGAAAGACUAAGGUUUCUGGGCUGGGUUACUGGAAGACUAGAUUUACUGUUCACUGAGGUGGGCAAAACUGAGGGCGUAGCAGGUUUGAAGGGGUAGCAUUGUGAAUUUGGUUUUUGACAGAUUAGAAAUAUCUACUUGAUAUUCCCAUCCAUUGUCAAGCAGGCAGUUUUAUUUAUGGGUACAAGUGAAGAAGGCAGGGCUGGAGAUAAAAAUUGGGGAGUCAUCACCAGAUAAAUGGUAUUUAAAGCCAUAAACCUGGAUGAGAUAACCAAGGAAGUAAAGCAUAUAUAGCAGAGAAACCAUCAGAAGUCGAUAAUUAAAAGUCAAGGAGUGGAAGAAGAACCAGCAAAAGAAAGCACAAAGAAUAGUAGUGCCCACUGAGGUGAUGGGAGAGAAUUGAGUGGUGUCCCAAAAGCCAAAGAAAAUGUUUCAAGGAGGCAGAAAUGAUUGUGUCAAAUGCUGAUAAGAUAUGUACUGUGAAGACUGAAAACUAACCAUUAUUUUACUGAUUUUUAUCUGAUGAUUAUUAUUCUGUUCCUUUCUAGACUGGCAGUGCCAUGAGAUCAGGGAUCCUAUAUACAAGAUAUAUAGUAAAAGCUGCAUAAAUAUUUGUUGUGGCUAUACAGCCCCCCUGUCUGAGCCCUCAUCUCUCAGAUAUUAUUCUUCACAUUGCUGCCCAUUAGUCCGACCUCUCCUCCUUAAAAUGCUUAAUGGCUCCCCUUUACUUACUGUGUCAAAUCGUGGCACCUCUCUUGGUGUGACAAGUCUGUCCAUGCCAUCUCUUUCAGUCUCAUCUCCUAUCACUCCUGUUCAUAAUUAUGCCCUAAUAAUAUGGAACAGUUUGUAGUUUUCUCCACAGACCUUAUUUCAUCCUUCUGUGACUUUACGCAUUCUAUUCUUUCAGCCUAGAAUGAUCUUCCUCCUAUGUUUGGCUAAAGUCUACCUUUAAGAAUCAGGAAGCUUUUCUGAACUGACUUGCUCAGGCUGCAGGUAGCCUUCAUGGAACCCUGUGCAUAUCUCUCACAGUUGUUUUAGACUGAAUUUAAAGUUUUUGUACAUCCAAUACCCUCUUGAGAAUAUAAACUUCUUAGGGUCGAGGGUGUAUCUUUAUUCAUCUUCCUCUACCUGAUACCUAGCACAGUGCCAUCUUCUUGGUAGGCAUUCUAUAAAUACCAGAUUUUAAGUGAGCAGGAAAAAGAAGAGGAAGGCUUGUAAAUGUGAGCUGAAGAUUGUGUGGAUCAGUGACUUGACAGACAUCAAUGCAAGCCUGAAUAAGAAAAACAAUUUCUUCCUCCAAAGCCAUGGCAUAUCAGUUAUACAGAAAUACCACUUUGGGAAACAGUCUUCAGGAGAGCCUAGAUGAGCUCAUACAGUCUCAACAGAUCACCCCUCAACUUGCCCUUCAAGUUCUACUUCAGUUUGAUAAGGCUAUAAAUUCAGCAUUGGCUCAGAGGGUCAGAAACAGAGUCAAUUUCAGGGGCUCUCUAAAUACGUACAGAUUCUGCGAUAAUGUGUGGACUUUUGUAUUGAAUGAUGUUGAAUUCAGAGAGGUGACAGAGCUUAUUAAAGUGGAUAAAGUGAAAAUUGUAGCCUGUGAUGGUAAAAAUACUGGCUCCAAUGCUACAGAAUGAAUAGAAAAAAAAUGGCUUUUUUAUGCCAUCUUCUGUUAUUAUUCAUCACUUUUUGAAGAGAAGCAUAGAAGAGACUUUUUUUAAUUUAUUCUAGCAAUGCAGAAAUGACUACACUGUGCUCUACUAUCAGAGAAUUCCAGUAGAAAGAAGCUUAUAACUCUGUAGCCUCUUAAUUACCUGUAUUAUACAGCAUGAAGAAACAUGACUUUUUUUUAAUGACAAAUCAAAAGUUGUUGCCUUUGUAAGAACAUUCUUUAAUAAACUCAUUUUAAAACUCAGUA